AUGGCCGUCUCUCGCUGCUCCAUCCUUCUGCUGCCGCUCCUCCUCUUCCUCUGCACCCUCCCGCCCGCUCACCUCCGCCUGCGACCGCUGCGUGCACCGCACCAGAGCCGCCUACUACGCCUCGUCUCUCAACCUCGCCGGUACCAUCCAUACACCUGCAUACAUAUGCUCUCCGGUUCCUGCGGGUACGGCGCGGCGGCCGCGUCCCUCAACGGCGACCUGCUCGCCGGGGCCGGCCCGGCCCUGUACAGACAAGGCGUCGGCUGCGGCGCGUGCUUCCAGGUGCGGUGCAACGACGAGGAGCUCUGCGCUACCGCCGGCGUGAAGGUCGUCGUCACCGACCGCGCCAGGACGAAGACGAACGACACCGACCUCGUGCUGAGCAGCCCGGCGUUCGCUGCCAUGGCCCGCCCCGGCAUGGCUGGGCGGCUCGCCAAGCUCGGCGCCGUCGACGUCGAGUACAAGAGGGUGCCGUGCGUGUACGAGGGCAAGAACCUCUCGCUGCGGGUGGAUGAGCGGAGCCGCGCGCCCAGCGAGCUCGCCAUCACGAUCCUCUACCAGGGCGGCCAGACCGACAUCGUCGAGGUCGACGUCGCGCAGGUCGGUUCGUCGUCGAGCUGGACGUCCCUGACACGAGACCACGGGCCGGCGUGGAGCACGAGCGAGGCGCCACCGGGGCCACUGCAGCUGAGGGCGGUGGUGACCAGCGGGUUCGACGGGGCAUGGGUCUAUGCCGAACAUGAAGUCCUGCCGAGCCAGUGGCACGCCGGCGAGGUCUACGACACCGGCGUCCAGAUCACCGCCAUCGCCCAAGAAGCCUGCCUCCCCUGCGACACGCAGGAGUGGAAGUGACGCCUGACGAGGCAAGCAAACCACGCCGAUCUGCCAGGGGGCUCCUGCAAAGUACCACGUACAAAAUACUACAAAUAAAGAUAUGUAGGAACAAUGAAGUGAAGUGAUAAUGAGUAGAUGACGGCUAGGCUCGAACAAAAUACUACAAAUGAAAUUGGUGGUUGUUUAUGCAAAUGAA